GCGGCUGCGGAGCGGCGGACCUUGGAGCGCUGUGGCCGGUUCCUGCCGGACGCACCGGGUCUGGUGAAGACGGCGGCGGCGUUCCUGGACGCCGAGCGUGUUAGACAAUGAUCGAAGAUGAACUGGCAGCCUUCGAUAAAAGCAUAAAUGAGUUUGGGGAUAAGUUCAGAAACCGCCUGAGUGACAAUCGGAGUCAGGUGCUGGGGCUGAGAGAUGCCUUCAAGGACUCCCUUAGGGCCCUUUCAGAAAAGCUGUCUCUGAAAUUAAAGGAAGAAGAAAGAAUGCUUGAGAUGUUUCUGGAAUAUAAAAAUCAACUUUGUAGGCAGAAUAAGCUCAUUCAAGAAAAGAAAGAUAACCUGUUAAAGGUGAUUGCUGAAGUAAAAGACAAAAAUCAAGAAUUGGAAAUGCUGACAGCCAACAUCCAGGAUCUCAAGGAAGAAUAUUCCAAGAAAAAGGAGACUAUUUCCACUGCUAACAAAGCUAAUGAAGAGAGAUUGAAACGGCUGCAGAAAUCAGCAGACUUAUACAGAGAUCGCCUUGGACUAGAAAUCAGAAAAAUUCAUGGUGAUAAAUUGCAGUUUAUAUUCACUAGUAUUGACCCCAAGAAUCCGGAGAGCCCAUAUAUGUUUUCCCUGAGCCUAAAUGAGGCUAGGGAAUAUGAAGUGUCCGACUGUUCACCUCAUCUUGAGUGCCUCGCUGAAUUUCAGGAGAAGGUCAGGAAGACCAACAAUUUUUCUGCGUUUCUUGCCAAUGUGCGGAAAGCUUUUAUAGCUACGGUCUAUAAUUGAUGCAGAAAUAGUAGGAAUUCUCAUCUCUUGCCCCUCUGUCAUUCUUCAGUGUUUUUGUGUGAUAUGACGGAAACAUUCCUCUUUGGCAUAACAUUUUUGAGCUAAAGAGUUAAGCAGAAGCAGAGUUAGAAAAAGUCUUGAGUCCUGCCCCAAUUUGCCUAAACAUGGGACCUAAAAAUUAUAAACAUGUCUCGCCCCAUACCCACAAAGAAACACAGAAGUUAGUUGCUAAUGAGAUCUCUUACCAUGUCAGAUGUGGCACCAGAGGAGUUGAUAAAUCUUGCUUCAUUAGUUUAUUUCUGUAAAUUCAUUUUCCAUAAUUCCCAUUUGUGGAAGCCAAAAGCCAAACCUGCUGUCUGUUUUGUAUCUGUAAAAUCCUACUGUUUUCUGUUGAAGAUGUUUGUAGAUCUGAGUUCUAAGCUGCUGUUUCCAGUUCUCUUCUGUUGGGGUUCUCCUGUACAGUAUGCACUGCACGUGCUAAUAAACUUGAUUGGUUUUCCUUGUGGAGCAGUCUUGGUGACUGUCUCUUCAGUAUGCAUUUAUAAUGAUGGAAGUAAAAUGGCUUCUUCCUCACAGGUGUAAUAGUGGCAAAUUAUUAUUAAAGCUUACUUGAACACAAGCACUGAAGUACUCUAAUAUUGAUGCUAUCUAAGAUGGCUAUCAGUUGACUAGUGGUAUCAUUUCCAGUCUGCACAUGCUGAACAAGAAUGGUUCACUUGAUAUUUCAUGGUGAUACUAUGUUUUGUCCCAUUCCACUACUCAACAAUAGUGUGCAGUUUAAAGACGUAAACUUUUCAUCUUCCAUUUGCUGUUUUUAGAGUGUGGUUGACCAUGGAUGAUCAAUACUGGAGAAAGUGAAACCACAAUAAAACUAUUUUAACAGACUGUAGUGAGCAAACUCUAUUUGGGGUAAACCUGCACUUUUGGCUUUAACUGAUCUACCUAUAUGUAGAUAGACCAUAAAUUCCUGCCAUCCAGUGUUGGGUUUUGUGAACCUAGUUGGAAGUUCAAGCAUUUAUUAAGCUGUUUCUUCUAGACUGUGGCUGUCAUAGAGUGGGGUCCCAGCCACAUCAGCCUCAUCCCAGAUCAUAAACCAACUUGCUGGUCAAAGGAAUGAAGUACAUGCAUUGGAUUAUUAUAGUUCCCCACUGUUGUAACAGGCCCCAGACUGUAGCACAACUGGUACCAUGACAGAAGUGCCAUUUAAGCCUUGGAACCCAGCACACAGGCAGCCCCACCCACCAAAACAAGAACAAAGAUGUAAUCCAUCGAAGUCCAUUUAUCUGGGAAAGUCUAAAUACUCCCUUGCUUUUGGCUUCAUUACUUCUGCUUCUGGCUGACUUUUAUUCCUAACUGAGGUGUGUCAACUCAGAGUGUAAUUUUUGUGCUUAAAAGCUCACCCUGAGAAAGGCUCAGGGAGUUGCCUCCAAUCAGCUAAUAAAGACCUAUUGGAAUAAACCCAUGUCCUGUA